CUCAUAAGUGAAAUACCACUGCCUGCGUACGUCAUUGUCCACUGGACCGGUGCAGUUCUCUUGAUCGCACCGUUGUGUACUUCACUGCAUACUUCGUUUAACACACCGUAUACGCUAGAUGUCAUAGUUCCUCCAGAUAUGCUAGCGCUUGCAAGUUUAAUGGCACUGAUCGCCGUUGUUGUAUUCUUCAGCAUUUCUAUGGUUUGCUACAUUUCCAUAGUUAUUCAUUUGUUGCGGUUCAACUACCUCAAGAACAGCUCAAAUCGACAAGAGGUUCGACUCUGCAUACAAGCAACAGGAUUAUUGCUCGCAUUCUUAUUGCUCUUCAUCUAUCAUGUGGGGCAGUUUGUCAUUAAUGAUCUCGGCGAC